CUAAGAACUCCACGUCCCGCUUUCUCUUUUCUCCAUAUGCUUCUCUGUCUUGCGUCCCGGGAGGGUUAUCAACAAUAACGACAAGAACCCACUCUUGCACCCCAACUUCCACAUAGAAACUACCACCCAACAUGCACGCCAUACUUGUCUGGAUCUUGUAUACCUUCCUCUUCACCGCCGCCCUCGCCAUGUUCUUCUUCGCGCUGUCUCUGGUGCUCCCCCAAGCCGGCUUCGUAGCGCGCAUCCUCGUGUCAUACCUUGCUCUCGUCGCGUGCGCCAUAUACGGUGUCACAGUCUCUCUCAUCGCCCGGCCGUUCGGGCUCCAACACUCUGCCCAAUAUGCCGCCGGACGGGCCUUUGAGUUCGUGAUGAAAUACGGGGCCGGCAUAAACGUUAUCAUUGAGGACCCCGAGAACUACCUGAACACCGUCCGCCCCGCUGUCUUCAUCGGUCCCCACCAGACCGAGCUUGACAUCCUCAUGCUCGGCGCCGUCUUCCCCACCCACUGCUCCGUGACUGCCAAGGCCAGCCUGAAGCGUAUUCCUGUCCUAGGCUGGUUUAUGGCCCUGUCGGGGACGGUCUUCAUUGACCGCAGAAACUCGAAGAGCGCCAGAGGUGCUAUGCAAGGCGCUGCCGACGAGAUGAAGCGCAAGAACCAGAGCGUGUGGAUGUUCCCCGAGGGUACCAGGAGUUAUGCCGAGGAGCCUGGGCUGCUGCCUUUCAAGAAGGGCGCCUUCCACUUGGCUGUGCAGGCCGGAGUACCCAUCGUACCGGUUGUCGUCGCCAACUACUCCGAUGUGCUCUUUGUGAAGAAGUACCGAUUCAAUGGUGGCAACCUACGCGUCAAGGUGCUCAAGCCUAUCGAGACGAAGAACCUCACAUCUGAGGAUGUGGACGAGCUGGUUAUCAAUACUCGGAACACGAUGAUCACAACAAUGGCUGAGUUGACCGCCAAGCAACGUGGAAAGCCAGUCCAUAUCGAGCCAAAUCUCGGACUAUCAAAGGUGGGCGUUGUGAAAGCGAGCGGUGUUGAGGCGACGACGUCGGCUCUGUCAUGAUAGACGAUACGAUUCAUGUUUAACUAUACAAUGACGAAUUAUUAAGAGGAUUGGCGCAAGCAUACGUCGGGACGCCACUACCUGGGGUCGAGAUACAGUGGGAAGAGGGGAGAUGCGGCAGGGAGCUUAGAUGGCCAGGAACAUAGACCAAGGGGGGCGAUUGGGGAUGUGGCUGGGACUACCAUAGAGGUGCAUCAUGGCAACGAUACCCCAAGCAGGUUGAGGCGAGCGGAGUAUAGGUUAGAUCACAGUUUACUAAAACCAAGUACUUAUUCAGCAACCCGCCGCGACUAUGGUUUCCGAGGCUUAUUUCAGGGGAAUGUGUGUCUAGUCAGCCGAUAUCAUGGUCCCUCUACGUGGCAUUGCAAUUUCUCAACCUCCGUUUUGCAAUACUUCCUACAACUACGAAGUGCACGACAACGUCCUUCUCACCCGUGAGACAAUACAGUAAAAAUUAUAUCACUAGAAUGACGUAGUCUGAGACUACAUAGAUAGUUGUAAAGCAGUUAGUUGAAGAAUUAAAAUCGAUCCAAGACGGACUCGAGAGCGAGAUGUCAGUUAUCCCAGUUCAAGUCAAUGAAAAAAACGGAUUAGGAGCGUCAGCACCGGA